CGCUUCCUUCACACGGCUGUGGAAAUUUGACAACACGGAAGUGUCAAAAUGGCUCCAAGUGGACUGAAAGCGGUGGUGGGAGAGAAAAUCCUCAACGGAGUCCUGAAGAGUGUGAAGAAAGAUGGGGAGUGGAAGGUGCUUAUCGUUGAUCACAUGAGCAUGCGGAUUCUGUCCUCGUGCUGCAAGAUGUCUGACAUCAUGGCUGAAGGUGUUACCAUUGUGGAGGAUGUGAACAAGCGGAGAGAGCCGAUCUCAAGUCUGGAGGCCAUCUACCUCAUCUCUCCUGUGCCAAAGUCUGUUCACGCUCUGAUCAACGAUUUUAAGGACACAACUUUCACGUACAAGGCUGCGCAUAUCUUCUUCACAGACACUUGCCCCGAUGGACUUUUUGCUGAAAUUGGGAGGUCGAGAGUCUCAAGAGUCAUCAAGACACUGAAGGAAAUUAACGUAGCUUUCUUACCAUACGAGUCCCAGGUGUUUUCUCUGGAUGAUGCCACUUCGCUGCACUCUUUCUACAGCCCCAGUAAGAAGAACCUGGACGAGCAGACCAGAAUGAUGGAAACCGUGGCCGAGCAGAUCGCAACGCUGUGUGACACACUGAAGGAAUAUCCAGCCAUCCGUUACCGCCAGGGUCCGGAGGAGAAUUUUGCGCUGGCUGAGAUGGUGCUGGAUCGCUUAAACGCACAUAAAGCGGACAACCCGAGCAUGGGAGAGGGCACUGAUAAAGCGCGCUCUCAGCUGCUGAUCGUGGACCGUGGCUAUGACCCCAUCUCUCCUAUCCUGCAUGAGCUCACCUUCCAGGCAAUGGUUUACGACAUGCUGGACAUUGAUCAGGACAUCUACAGGUAUGAAACGACAGGGCUCGGGGAAAACAAGACGAAGGAGGUUCUGCUAGACGAGGAUGAUGAGCUAUGGGUGCAGCUCCGACACAUGCAUAUCGCCGACGUCACCAAAAAAGUCACCGAGCUCUUGCGUACCUUUUGUGAAAGUAAGAGGAUGAACACAGACAAGGCCAAUCUCAAAGAUCUGUCUCAGAUGCUGAAGAAGAUGCCACAGUACCAGAAAGAGUUGAGUCUGUAUUCCACUCAUCUGAACCUGGCUGAUGCCUGCAUGAAGAAAUUCAAAGCGUCUCUGGAUAAACUGUGUGAGGUGGAGCAGGAUCUGGCCAUGGGCUCCGACGCAGAGGGCGAGCCACUGAAAGACGCCAUGAAGAACAUCGUUCCCGUCCUGCUGAACGCCGAGAUUCAGCCCUAUGACAAAAUCCGCAUCAUUCUGCUGUACAUCUUCUACAAGAAAAAGGGCAUUGCUGAAGAGAACCUCACAAAGCUCAUCCAGCACGCUAACGUGCAGAAGGACAGCAACAUCAUCACCAACCUGCAGCACCUCGGUUGCCCCAUCAUCACCGGGGGUGCUAAUGCUGGGAAAUCUCUGCCUGAGAGGAAAGAGCAGACCGGAGACACAUACCAGCUCUCCCGCUGGACUCCCAUCCUCAAAGAUGUCAUGGAGAACAUCAUCGAGGACAAGCUGGACAGGAAGCAGUGGCCAUUCGUCUCCGAUCCUGCGCCCAUCGGCACAACUCCAGCUGUAGUGAGCAGUGCGCGAUUUGGGCACUGGCACAAGCCCAAGGCUGCAACGGAGUACCGCACCGGCCCUCGCCUCAUCAUCUUCAUCAUUGGAGGAGUCACACACUCGGAGAUGCGCUCGGCUUACGAAGUCACCCGCGCCACUGAUGGCAAAUGGGAGGUCCUGAUUGGUUCGUCCCACAUCCUGACCCCAACCGGAUUUCUGAACGAUCUGAAGACACUGGACCAACCAACACCCACAUCUGCUGUGGAGUGAAGCCUCGACUUCUGAAACUCUGCAGAAACCCGUUACACGUGUACAAUGUUGUGUUUAAUCCGAAGUAGUAAACCAAUGAUUCACUGCCUUUAAAAAGGUUUUUUUUUCUUUUUCUUUUCCCUGGAGAACACAGUGUAUAUAUGUUUGUGGUAUUUAAAUAAUUUAAAAACAUUUAUGAAGAUGCUGUAGUUGGGAACAGAGCCAUGUGAGGUGUCUGGCUACAGAUCUGUGCUUCUUACUGCCAGCUGGCAUGGACACUGGUGAAGAGAAAAGCUUUAUAUAUAUAUAUAUACACACACACACACACACACACACACACACAGAGAAUUCCCAAAAAACACACUGUUGCUCAGACUGCCGCUGAUAACUCCUGUUUUAUUCUUAUUUUAUCCAUACAGUAUGCUCAGAUAAAGCAUCUGCACUUUUAACUGGAAUUCUCUCCUUUUUUUCUUUUCUUUUUCCUUGAAGGAGCACUUAAUCUCUGUUGCUUCUCCAGCUGAUGGGUGAAGGCUAGAAAACGCUGUAGAAAACAUCAUCAUGAGGACAUGCUGCUCUUAUUAGCUUUCCUUUCUUCUUCCUCCCCACCUCCCUUUUCAGUUCCUGUCUUCUAUACAGUGAUGAUGAAGCAUUUUCCUUUAUCGAAAUUUUACCUUUUGAGGGUUUUUUCUUUUUUCCCCCUGAUUUUUCAUCUGUUUGUUAAACCCUAAAUAAACUGCUUUAUUCAAA